UACACAAGGCAAAGCUUACACAUUUAGUCUUGGACUCACUCACUGCAAGUAUUGCAAAAGGAGACAAAUCAAUGAGAAAUUUGGAGGGAGUUGCUGAGUCGCUUAGACCCCUUGUUGAGUCCAAGCAAUGGGACUAUUGUGUUGUGUGGAAACUUGGCGAUGAUCCCUCUAGGUUUAUUGAAAUGAUGGGUUGCUGUUGUGGUGGUGGGUAUGAGUAUGACUGUGUUAAUGUCAAAGAGGAAGAAGGAGAGCCCCACUCUGCUAAACUUUGCAGGGAUGGCUUCCUUAAGCACCCAAUUAGGACAAAGGCUUGUGAGGCUCUUGCCCAGCUUCCUUCUUCUAUGCCUCUCUACUCUGGGAUUCAUACGGAGGUGAUCAUAUCAGCACAACCCAGGUGGCUUUGUGGUCAUGUCAAUGCCUCGAGUUCAAAUCCUUCACAAUCACACGACUUCGUUGGUACCCGAGUGUUGAUCCCUGUGCUAAGUGACCUCAUUGAGCUCUUUUCCACAAAGAAUAUUCCUGAAAAUCAAAAGAUGUUAGAGUUGUUUAUGGCUCCAUGCAAUAACUCUUUAAAACAAGAACCCAUGGCUACACAUGACUAUGUCAAUGUGAACCUCAAUGCCAGUGCAAGCCUUAAUGAAUUCCAUGUUGAUCCAUUGCCAGAAGAGUGCCCAGAAAAGUUGUUACCUUCUUUGAAUUUGGCAAACUUCAUUCCCAGGCCACAAGUUUUCCCCUCAUCAGCUUCCCAAACUACCUCCUGUCCUAUCCUUGAGGGAUCAUCCAGCGGUUCAAAUCCUUCGAGUGAACAUCCAUUGUUAUCUUCGCGCUCUAGAAAGUCCAAGCGUGGUGAUAACUUGUUGCAGCAACAGGCAGGCUUGGCUUCUGGCAGUGGCAGUGUAGUAGAGAAACAUAAGGCAAAGGUGACCAGGAAGACAGGAAGCGGGCAGUACCAAUCCAAGAAUCUUUUCGCAGAGAGGAAUAGGAGGAGCAGGAUUAAAGAUGGGCACUUUGCUCUACGAGCUCUAGUCCCGAAGAUAAGCAAGAUGGAUAUACCUGCUAUUAUAGGAGAUGCUGUUGAAUAUAUUGAAGAGUUAAAGAAGAAGGUGAAAGAACUUGAAGAUGAGCUCAGGGAAAUCGAAGAGGAGGAGGACUUGACAAAGAACAAAGCAGAUGUGAAAAUUCUGGCCUCAGACAUGAGAAAAGAAGGCAGCAUUUGCUUGAUUUCUACAGAGCACAAACAGGGUUCCUCAAGUUUUGUUCAAAAGAGUCCAACAGUGGUGCAAGUGGAAGUGAACCAGAUUGGCAAAAGAGAUUGUUUGAUUAAGUUGUUCUAUGAGCAGAGCCGAGGCGGGUUUGCAAGUUUGAUGGAGAAUAUGGAUUCUUUAGGGCUUCAAGUAGUUGAUGCCAAUGUUACCACAUUUGACGGAAAUGUCCUAAACAUCCUUAAGGUUCAGGCAAACAGAGACAUUCAGGCAAAGAAAUUGAGAGACAAGUUGAUCCAGCUAACACGGGAGACAAAUCAGACAGUUCACAAAGGCAUAAAUUGACAGAUUUUCAUUGAUUUUGAAGUGAAGAUUUCAUUUUCAACUAAGGACACCUAGAUAAUUCCUUUAGACAUGUUCGUUGCAUGAAUAUCUGCUUUAGACAUGUUCUUUUUCUUUUUUAUGAUCAUAAGUAUGGAAGUUCUGGAGGCUAAUAUAUAUGAGCAAACUGAAAUCUUAUUGCUCUACUAUCAAUACAGAUUGUUUUAUAUUAAUGACUAAAAAGUAG